UCCCUCCUUGAAGAGCUCCGGAUCAGAACGGAUGAAGAAGGCGGGGGCUGGUGCCACUGCCCACACCGAGAUAGGCACCCCCACCAAAAUCAAAUAUGCACGGUAUCGGAGGGAGGGGGAGUCCUCUGGACUUUGGUCUGCUCUGGCCCUUCCAAGCUGUGAGGCACAUAGGUACCUACCUAGGUAGUGUGGGUGAACAAAAAGCAUCGAUUCGACCCCUGGAAUCCUGUAAUGACCAACAGAUAACACAUCAUGUCGCUCUGGCCAUUUUCUCGCGAUCGUUUUGACAGUGUCAUAGAUAGAAAUGACCGCUCCCGUAUGCAGCAGACUCCUCUUCCGACAUGACGACAAUCAUACCGAGCGCCUCAUCUCAUGGUCUCCCGAUGAGGUCACGCGCGUCAAGAAACGCAGCGCUUUCCUCAAGCGGCGCAUAGUUUAUCUCGAAGUCGACCGCUGGCGGAGACCAGAAGAGAUAAGCUUCCAGAGACAGGGCGAACCUUCCCAUCCAACAUCCCUGACACCAGGUGUUAGUCUCAGCGACUUCAGGGGCUUUCUCCGUGAUCUUGCUUCAACAGGGAAUAUUCCCAACACGUUUGAGCAUCUUGUUCCCUUUUGCAAGUGCGCUUGGGUAUGCGAAUGCCCUCCCGACCCCGCCACCCUGCCCUUACAGAUCUUCAGCCGCAAGCGUGGACCAGAUGGACGUCGCGAUGUUAUAGCUUGCAAGUUUGACCCGAUUUCGAGUGACGGUCGGCCUUGGGGUCUCACUCGGGAGUGCGAGGUCUACGAUGGCGACACCUGCAUGUGCAGCGCUGAGCUUGCCAACAUAUUCCUGUGGUUUGGCUGGGAGCAUCAUUUCAGAAAGCAUUUGAAGUUGGCCAUAUGGACAGGAAGUAAAGAAAGCGUUGCUAUCCUGACGCCCGUUGCGCCGCUCCAGAACCUUCAAGAUAUCAGGGAUCGUGAGAUUCAGUCCAUGAAAAGCGAUCUUCGUCGAUAUUUGGACAGCAACCAAAGCGACUACAGGCACUGUGUCAAAGACUCCACCAAAGACGCCAUUGAAAGAUACCUCGCCAACAUGGAGGAUUUGCCCGCAAGAGUAGGGCGCACUUUGGAGAAGCUAUUCACGGGGAGCGGCGAGAUAAACGGCGCCGCUUCGACAUCACCGACACGACCCUUCAACGAACACAGGGUUUCGCUCAGCCCUAGUGUGCCAACAUCACUGAGUUCCGGGGGCAGCGGCGCCGAAAGUUCUGGGCCUGAAUCGGCAAGCGGCUCUCAACCGGAUCGUACAAGCUUGUACAACCCAGGGCUCCACGGCUACUACCAUCCACAUGCCGCCGGCGUUUACUAUUCACAACCGGCCAGUGUCAAUCUUCCUGACCCAUCCCCACCAACCAAGAGCCCUGCGAGGGCUGGAUCAUUGAUCGAGAUCUUUAAUUUUGCUGGUAAAAUAUACAAAAACAUAGAAAAGAAGGAAGGGAAAUCAGAUGAAUUUGCCUCCAAGGUACUGGCUCAUCUUGCCAAGGGGAUUGAGGAGAGACAAAAGGAGCUUGAGAACUCAAUAUGGGCUCUGCGAGAGAGGAAUAUAAGUGCGUGGAAAUAUGAGCUCGGGAUAGAAUAAUGGUGGCGUAGCGAGCAGGCGAAAACAUGUAAAAGUUUGAUCUG